GCCACAAGAGCAACAAAGAAUCUAAGAAAGCAAAGAGGAGGAAGCAGAAGCAAAGCGAUUCAGCCUCAAGCCGUGAAGAUGCAAGCGAAGAUGGAGAUGAUAGAUGUGACAGCGAUGAAGAACCUAGAGAUAAGAAGGGCAAGGCAGCAGGUAAAGCCAAGGCCAGGGACAAGAAGCCACGAAAGAAAGGUGGAAGGCGAACAGGCAAGAAUCCAAAGGGGAAGAGCCAGUUUCUGAAGUGCACACAGUGCAAGAAGACAAAGGAUAGGAGCCUGGACUUCCACGCUGACCAAAACAGAUGCAAAGCCUGCAUGGCCGACGUUCGAGCUUUCAGCAGAGCGACUGAGUCCCAGGGCUGCCAGGACAAGAUUCAGGAGCUUUCGAGGUCCGACCCAGCAACCCAUGCCAAGGUCGGAGUGGUGAAAGAAUGGAUAAGGGAAAGGAAAAAAAUGCAGGAAGCUGGCGAGAAAAUCAAGUUCAACAUAUGGGGAUUCGCAAUCAAGAUUCAGCACGCGCAAGGACAGCGCGUCGAAAAUCGCAACCGUAUGAUGUGGAAGGGGUACUUCCUCACGUGGGCGCAGACGGAUGAAGGAGGAUGCCUGUCUGAACAGCAAGCCAAAAACAAGUGGGCUGAGUAUGAACAAGAUGAGAGCCUGCCCAAGGACAACAAGGGACCAGGUGGACACCAGCGAAUUAAAGUGCCGAUGUUCACUGACAUCGUGGACUUCACAGAAUUGCAAAAACAGCGGGAGCUGAAGAAGACCGAGAAACUGAACAGUAAGGCCAUGCAAGACAACAAGAGCAGUACCGCCGGUGUGCGACUCAAGAUGCUGGUGGGUGGAGCCGGGGCUGAGUCGGACUUGGACUGCAUGGGUGCAGCUCAGCAGGCUUGGAAAUCUGUGCACGAGAAGUUGACUUCGAAUCAGCUAGAUGGAGAGCGUGCCUUGGAGCCCGAUGCCGCAGACUUGGCUCUCGACCUGCAGCAUCAGAAGGCACGGCGAGCCAGCGGUGCCAGCAGCGGCCGUCGACCAGAUCCCAGUGAAAGUUCUUACGGCAGCGAGGAGUCCAGCUCUGACGAUGGGGAAGGUGGAGCUGGAGCAGAGGCAGCGUGUUGA